AUGGCGCGCCCCGGCGGCCAGGGACCACCCAGGGACUUCGAGGCUUUGAUCCCGGCCCCAGACAUCGGCUUUUGGCAGGAGCUUAGUCGCCGAAAGCUGGAUGUAUGGCGUCUGGACUCCUCGAACGUCCCGCUCACAGCCUACUUUGAGGCUUCCCAAGCAGCCGGUGUACCGGCGAAGUGCUACUUCCAGAAGGAUGCCUUC